CUUCACAAAGACAAAAGAUCUCGAGACGCGGAAAAACAUAGAGAGAAGAAAGAAACACAUACACCUCAAAAGCGCAAAACACAACCCACAGAGACAUUUUUAGUUUUUUUCUCAUCCAAAUAAAACACAAUAUGGUGUCUCAAAAGCUGGAGAUUUGCAUCGAAUUGAUGAAGAUUGCCGUGGUUUUCGUCGCCACCGUGGCUGAAUCAGUAGAAGAAGCUUUCCGAAAGCCUCUGCCGGCGCUACCAGCAGUUCACGGUGGUCGCCGAAAUAGUUACGCCAACGUUCCAGUUCCUCUUGUUGGAUUCAUGUGAUGAGCUUUUUUGUUUUUUUUUUUUGUUUUUAUCUUUUCGAUUUUGGCCUCGUUAAAGUUAGUAGCUCUCGUGCCAUGUGGCGUUUUGGAAGUUGUUGAUUUGUGCAUAAGCAAAAGAGUUUACUGAUAAAUCAAAUCGUCGAGUUUUGUAACCAAAAAGAAAUUGUGUGUUAAUCGCUGAAGCUCUCUUUUAUAAGAUCAUUUAAAGCUACUAAUUAA